UAUAUAUAUAUGCUUUCGAAAAUCAGAAUAUACAUGUUUAUAUAGGACAGGUGAUGCAGUGAAAUAUAUAACCACACACAAAUGUAGCUAUAAAGAUAUCUAUAUAUAUUUCGUAUAUGAUGCUAUAUUAUAAGCACAUUUAUGUAAACACAUUUAAUAUACAUAUCACCAUAUAUAUACUGAUCAAUCUGAGACUAUAGAUAUAAAGCAACAAGCUUGUAUAUAGGUAAUUAGGUAUAAAAAAUAAAUAUAUGUACUUCGAUACACUUGCAUCACACCCCCACACCAUCCUAUAUUACACUUGCUGUGGUGGAUAGGUUAGAGAAUAAGGUCUCAGGUUGGAAAAAGCAAUCUCUCUCUAAGGCCAGCAGGUUUACUUUAAUCAAGAGUGCUCUCUCGAAUCUUCCGUUGUACUUUAUGUCCUUGUUCCCCAUUCCUUUUUCUAUUGCCGUGAAGCUUGAGUCGAUUCAGUGAAAUUUCUUGUGGGGUGAUAGUGAGACUGGGAAGAAAUUUCGUCUUGUGAAUUGGGAGUCCAUGAAGCUUCCCAAGGAUAAAGGUGGCUUAGGCAUCAUCUCUCUUAGCUUGUUUAAUAAAGCUCUUGGGAAAUGGCACUGGAGGUUUGCUACAGAUAAAGACCAGCUAUGGAGGAAAGUAGUGGUUGCGAGAUAUGCUAUGGUUAGGAAUGGGUGGACUACUAAUUCAACCUCAGAAGCCCAUGGUUGCAGUCUAUGGAUUCAUAUUCGGAAAGGUUGGUCUUCCUGGCAAGAUCUCGUUUCGUUUAAGGCUAGGAGUGGCACUGGAAUUAGAUUCUGGCAUGAUAAGUGGAUUAAUAAUAUUCCCCUUAAGGGAGGCUCAAGACUGGGAGUUGGAUCUCUUCAUGACCUUUUGGAAGACUCUCUAUGAUCAUUUGCCUAGUCGCUCUCAGGAGGAUGUUAAGAUGAGCUGGUCACUGUCCUCUGACUCUAUCUUCUUGGUCAAAUCUUUCUACUUGCAUCUUCUGAUGGCUAAUCGAAAGGUAGAGUCUCCGAGUCUGAAAUGGGAUAGUGUGUGGCUUACCCCCUGCCCAACUAAGGUUUCCUUCUUCUUUUGGGAGGCGCUAUGGGGCAGAAUUCUCACCAUUAACAAUCUUAUAGGAAGAGGUUUCUUUUUUCCUAAUAUAUGUGUGCUUUGUAAGUUCAACGAGGAAAGUGUUUCUCACCUCUUGUUGCAUUGCUCCUCAGUGGCGAAAGUCGGGGGUACGGUUUGGAAUUUGAUGGGUGUUGAUUGAGUUCCUUGUGGUAGCUUGACCUUAGAGGUUGAGGCUUGGCAUUUUCUUGCAUCCAACAAAGCCAGGCAUAAUUUUUUGUUUACAAUUCUUCAAACCACAUAUUGGUUGAUCUGGAAUGAGCAUAACUCUAGGAUUUUUCAGGACAAAGAGUGCUCGAUUGGGGUCUUUUUAGAUGGUUGGCUAUCUGUUCUUUAGCUUUGGUUGAGUGGAACUUGUUCCAAUAUCUUUAAUAGUCUCAAACCUUGACUUGUAAUUCUGUCUUGUUUUUGGGUUGCACCCCUGGGUGCCAUUAAUAAUAUUUUCCUAUUAAAAAAAAACUUAUCUCUAAAAAAAGAGGAAGAGAAGAGGGCAUACUUAGAAAGAAAAAAUAGGAUGAGACAGUGGAGGGUAACAUUUUCCCGGGUUUGGCGGUAAAAAUCUUACCCAGGUAAAACGUAAUCUAGGGUGCCAAACAUUAUUAAAGCAAAUUAAGCAAAUUACUCGUAACUUUUAGCACCCUUCAAACUCAAAAUAUGCUUAGUUUUAAAUUAUUAUAUCUCAAAAGAGCUCUUGUGCUGGCUCCUUACAUUUGCACAAGGUGCAAGGUUCGAUUCCUCCCUCCCUCAAAAAAUUAAGAAUAUAACCCAUGACUUGUCGGAAAAUUAUUAUGUUUCAAAUGAUUAACCAUUUUCUCAUGAAGCUGGCAUUUAUG